UAAGGACUGAUCAUUAGAGCUGGGAAGAACAUGUAAAUGCAUGUUUGCAUGCUGAUAUGUGAGAGUAUGUAUAUUUUUUCCCAAAUUUUUUGAGAUUAUAGUUCCCACCUCGAAUAAUUCUACAUACUUAGGUUGAGUUGAAAGAUAAUUCCCGAGGGGAAUUAAUAUAUAGAGCAUAUUUAUCGUACAUAACGACUUCCAUACUCGAACCGGAACAUACCGAACCCCAUUUUUUAAACUUGAAGUACACCUAUGGACAUAAAGACCUCUUAAUUAAUAUAUUCUUUGCUAUUCGGUAAAGAAAAUCUCCAAAUUUUUGCAUGACUAAUAUUCACAAUAAUUUAUUUUUACAAAAGUUCAAGUGUUCUCACAGAAUAACAAAAAUCGUCAUAAUUCCGUAAAUUUAAAGUACUGCCAGUAAACGUCACAAAAAAUUCGCCAAAUUCUUUCAUAAUAAAAUUUCGGUAUUUCUUUUUGAAAUUUUAUUUGAUUCACAUUUUUCUCCCCCACACAAACAUAAAGAAUUGAAAGUCCAAAAAUUUUACUUAAUUAAAUUAUACACGUCACUUGAAGGCGUGUUACUAAAUAAAGUUUUUUUUUGUUUGAUCGGAAAUCUAUAUAAAAUAAAUAUUUAUUUAAAUAAAUGUCUAUCAUUAUAAUUUUUUAAAAUUAUUUUCCCCAAAAAAUAUUUUUUAAAUACUCUAAUAAUAUUUUUAAAAAUUAUUAAACUUAAAUUUUUAAAGACAAAAAUAGUAAUAAUUGUUUUUAUUACAAUAUUUUAAUUUAAUAUAUAAAUCAAAAUGCUCGGAAUGAUGAAUUGCCCUACUGAAAACUUUGAGUUCUACUCAGCUUCACCUUCUGCCCUACGCCAACUAAAUUCAUCAAGAUCAGGUGCAAACUCCCCGAAACUAGACAGAUCAGAAGGUGACAGUGUCUCUUUAGAUGAAGAAAGAAUGAAUAAACGGCGUGGUUUGGAAGUGUUUAGUCAGGUCAAGCAACGACCAAAAAUUACUUAUACGCCUGAUGGCAGAAGAAUGAUUGGAGGUAAAUUGGAAGCUCCAGAAAGCAAGCCUGACGAGCUUUGGGGAAAGCUGAUAGUUGAUUCCGUAACAAAAAGAAAAUUUUUUGGGAGUCAAGAACAAGAUAGUAGCAAACAAAAUGACAACGAGGAGAGUCAGAUAAAGAUAAAAAAUGAAAAUCAGAAACGAAAAUUCUCAUUUGGAUCACUCUUCACGAGGCUGAGAAGAGGGACAGUAAAUAAUGAUUCUGAUAGAAAUACCUCACCAGUCAACAUACAAAAGAAGAAAACAUCGAUGAUUUAA